UGGCGAAACGGAGCCACACAAGCAUUGCAUGAGACAUUGUUCUUUUUCUUUUUUGCACUCUUCAUGUUUUUCUUUUGUUGCUCUUUCGGAUGGGGAAAAAGAAAGAGGAUGCACAAUUUUGUGAUGGCUUGUGACCGACAGUUCGUUAUAAGUACUUAGGACACAGAGUCAUAUACCCACAGUUUAGGCAAGUUUCAGUUUGGGAUAAGACUGAAAGCUCAUUUUCAUUGCCCAUUUCUGCAACACAACCUCUCACCAUCGAUGGAAGAAACAGCAAGAAGGUUAGCAGUUGUGACCGGAGCAAACAAAGGGAUUGGAUUGGAGACGGUGAAGCAGUUAGCUUCUAAUGGGAUCAGAGUGAUUUUGACAGCUAGAAAUGAGAAAAGGGGUCUUGAAGCUUUGAAUAAGCUGAAGAAAUGUGAUGGCUCGUUCUCUGAGCUGGUGGUUUUUCAUCAGCUUGAUGUUGCAGACCUGGCUAGUAUAACUUCUUUGGCCGAUUUCGUCGGGACGAAUUUUGGUAAACUCGACAUCUUGGUUAAUAAUGCUGGGAUUGUUGGAGUCAGGGUAGACACAGAUGCUUUAUAUGCAAAUGGAGUGAGAACCCACUGGACAAAACUGAGGAACGAAACAUAUGAUUUAGCUGUAGAUUGUAUAACGACAAAUUACUAUGGUGCUAAAAGAACUGCUGAAGCACUCAUGCCUCUCUUGCAGUUAUCCGACGCGCCAAAAAUUGUCAAUGUUUCCUCCUUCAUGGGAAAGCUAGAGAAUAUUCAAAAUGAAUGGGCCAAUGGCAUAUUGAGCGAUGCCGAAAGCCUAACAGAAGAGCGAAUAGAUGAGGUCCUGCACCAAUUCCAGAGAGACUUCAAGGAAGGGUCAUUACAUACAAAAGGAUGGCCAACUUUUCUUUCAGCCAACACCAUGUCAAAAGCAGCCAUGAACGCCUUCACAAGGAUCCUUGCAAGGAAAUAUCCAAGGUUCUGCAUCAAUUCCGUGUGCCCUGGCUUUGUGCAAACCGAUAUAAACUUCAAUGGCGGCAUUUUAACCGUGGAAGAGGGUGCCAAAAGCCCAGUGAGGUUGGCACUCCUGCCCAACGGCGGUCCUUCAGGUCUCUUCUAUAUAAGGAGUGAAUUGUCCACGUUCUGAUAAAGAGAUUCUCCGAUUGUAGAUUUGACAAUCUGGAAACUUUCGAUGUCUUGAUUUUGUGUCUUUGAGCUUUCUGAAAGUCUAAUUUUCUCAA